AUGAUUAUAUAUCACCUGAUCAGUUCUUUCUUUCUUUCUUUUUCUUUCUUUCUUUUUCUUUCUUUCUUUCUUUCUUUUUCUUUCUUUCUUUCUUUCUUUCUUUCAUAUUCUCUUCUUUUUCCGCUUUUUCUUCUUUUUUUAAUCAUUUUAUUCUUUCUUUCUUUCUUUCUUUCUUUCUUUCUUUCUUUCUUUAUUUAUUUAUUUAUUUAUUUCUUUAGUUAUUUAUUUAUUUCUUACUUUCUUUCUUUCUUUCUUUCGUUCUUUCUUUCUUUCUUUCUUUCUUAUUAUCUUCUUUUUCCCUUUUUCUUCUUUUUUCAAUCAUUUUAUUCUUUCUUUCUUUCUUUCUUUCUUUCUUUCUUUCUUUCUUUCUUUCUUUCUUUCUUAUUCUCUUCUUUUUCUUCUUUCCGCUUUGUCUUCUUUUUUGUUUUUUCUUCUUUUUUAAUCAUUUUAUUCUUGUAUUCAUAUAAUUAUAUAUCACCUGCUCAGUUCUUUUUUCAUUCUUUCUUUCUUUCAUAUUCUCUUCUUUUUCUUCUUUUUGCUUUUUCUUCUUUUUUAAUUAUGUUAUUCUUCAUUUCCCUUUCUUUUCAUAUGUUAUUACUUAUAUUCUCUGUGUUAUUUUCAAUCUCUUUUCUUUCCAUCCUUUUUUUUUUCAUUCCUUCCUUUUUUUCUCGCAAAAGGCUUGUGCUGCUAUGA